GGGACCAGUCACAUCUGUCAGUGAGAGACGCUGCCUGGCCAGGGGUGGGGGGCAGUACCAGGGUGUGAAUGUGCCCACUUGUCAAUCCCAGUCACAAACUCACAGGAUCUAAUCCAUGGGCACAGGGGCUUUUAUGGGGACCCUUCUGAGACCCCCCCAGCUAACACCCCAGAAGAAAGAACUGGCAUCUGGUGGAAGGACAUUAACCAGAGCACUACAGGAGUCCUAAAGACAGGACAUUCACCUGUGACAGUUGGAGCCAUGAUGAAGACGCUUAGCGCUGGGAACUGCACAUUAAAUGUCCCAGCAAAGAACUCGUACCGUAUGGUGGUGCUUGGUGCCUCGCGGGUUGGAAAAAGUGCCAUUGUCUCUCGUUUCCUGAAUGGGAGGUUUGAAGACCAGUACACUCCGACCAUUGAGGAUUUUCACCGCAAGCUGUACAACAUCAGAGGGGAGAUGUACCAACUGGAUAUCCUGGACACUUCAGGGAAUCACCCAUUCCCGGCCAUGAGAAGACUCUCAAUACUGACAGGGGACGUUUUUAUUCUGGUCUUCAGCAUAGACAAUCUUGACUCGUUCGAUGAAGUUAAAAGACUGAGAAAGCAGAUCUUGGAGGUUAAGUCCUGUGUGAAGAAUAAGACCAAAGAAACAGGAGAAUUCCCCAUGAUGAUCUGCGGCAACAAGUGCGAUUGUGGUGAACAACACCGCAAAGUGCGAUCUGAAGAGGUGGAGAGGUUGGUGUCAGGAGAUGACAACUGUGCGUACUUUGAGGUCUCAGCUAAAAAGAAUUCCAAUGUGGACAAAAUGUUUCAAAUUCUGUUCAGUAUGGCCAAGCUUCCCAAUGAGAUGAGCCCUGCCCUGCACCGCAAGAUCUCUGUACAGUAUGGGGACACCUUUCAUCAGAAGUCCUUCAGAAUGAGGAGGCUGAAGGAGAUGGAUGCCUACGGCAUGGUCUCCCCUUCUGCUAGACGCCCCAGUGUCAAUAGUGAUUUAAAGUACAUCAAGGCCAAAGUACUGGGUGAAGGGCAGACACGGGACAGGGAGAAGUGUAGUAUCCAGUGAGAGGCUACACACAAAAAAGGGAAUGUGACAUGCUUUUGAGAUACAAUCAGACAGAUAUGGAAUUCAGUUCAUGGAAGUCAAGUCCGGCUGGAGAUGGACUCUUUUGUUGGAAUAAAGUACCUUUGUAAAAUCUGACACAUCCAUUCCACAUUCAGUUGGCUGACUUGAGAGUUUAUCCUCAUCACCACUAGAUCUUGGCUACCAAUUCUGUUAGAGAAAUUAAUGUCUCAUUUAAAAUGAUAACAAUGUCUUCUAAUGAUAUAUGUUUAAUUGUUAGAUUGAUACAGCUGUCAAAUAAGGAGCUCAGUGUAUCCCCAAGGAGACAUCAAAGCAAGAUGAUUGCUGGUGUGAUGGGACCUGCUUUGCUUGGUCUUCAAGGUGUUGAUAAGAUCAAUGUGUAUAAAGGUUUCCUCUGUUGAGUGGACAUUAGUUUUCUCUUUGAAUGUAUAUACUGACCACAGGAAAGCUUAGGUAAACACCACAAGAACAUAAGUAUAAUAUAUUAGACCGUGGCAUGUGUAGUGACUAUAGGAGAAGAUCACUUCAAUUAAACAGUGUUUAUGUCUUGAUCUACACAAUUGUGUGAGACGUCUUUGAAGGGACAGUCUCAUCAAUAUAUGUGACCUCCUAACAAAUACAUGAACCGUUUAACCUCUCGCUGGUAUGUGAUCCAGCUCUUUGUUAUCAGUAUUCAGAAUGUAAACUGUCACCAUGUAAUGUGGAUCAGGUCAAUUUUCAUGUUGUAACUUUAAUAAUAAAAUGAAAAAUAAUCACA